GGCAGCCCGGCUCCGCAGCGCCCUCCGCUCGGCUCGGCCCGGCCCGGCCCGACUCCCCGGCGCUUCCCCCGCGCCCUCGGCCCGGCUUGACCGCGGGCCCGGCGGCGGGAGGCGCCCAGGAUGCCCGAGGAGCGCGGCUCUGUCCCACCAUGUCGGUCUCUAAACUGCAGGACGUGGAUGAGGUUUUCGAUUUUACCGCUGUGGUUCCAGAGACGCCGCGCCUGGACAGCAGCCUGCAGAAGGCCCGAGCGCGGCUCCUAGCCAAGGGCCGCCGGCACCGGCCGUCCCGCUCCCGCCUGCGCGACAGCGCCAGCUCCACCGAGGGCGACGAGGGGCCCGAGGCCGUGGGAGCCGAGGGCGAUGGCGGCCCCCCGGCCCCCUCGCCCUUCUCCCACGGCGCCGAGUUCUCCUUCGAGGCGGGGGCGGUGCGGCAGGUGCUGGGGGACCCCCCGGCCCCCUCGCCCCCCCUCAGCCACUACCGGCCCCUCACCAACGCCUCGUCCCAGGAGGGGCUGGCGGGCACCCCCUCGCCCAAGUCCUGCCACAGCUCCGACAGCUCGCCCGGCUUCGCCCGCCGAGACGCCCGGCCCCAGCGGCACAGCGAAGACGACAGCCGGGACAUGAGCCCCCCCGAGCCAGCCAGCCCCACCGUGGGGCUCGACAAGAAAACACGGAGGAAGUUCUUGGAUUUGGGGGUGACCCUGCGCCGGGCGUCCUCCAGCAAGAGCCGGAAGGAGAAGGGCAGCAACCGCCUGUCCAUGGGCAGCAGGGAGGUGGCAGAGGGUCCCGGCCGCCCCUCGGGGUCACCCUUCCUGCCCUUCUCCUGGUUCUCGGACGGCGCCAGGGGCUCGGCUUCUCCCGGCUCCGUGUCGCCCGCCGGCUCCCCCCGGCACGAGGGGCUCAGCCCUGCCAAAUCCGCCUCCCAGGACUCGACGCUGAGUGAGGACUCCCCACCGCCCAGCGCCAGCCCCCGCCUGCCCGGCCCCACCGUCACCAAGUGCUCCUACCCCUACCAUACCCUGUCACAGUCCUCGGACGAGUUCCUGGAUGAGCCCCCCGGUGCGGCCGUGGGCUGGACGUGCCGGCAGGUGGGACAGUGGCUGGAGAGCCUCAACCUGGAGCGGUACGUAGAGGAGUUCUCGGCCCACGGCGUCGAUGGUCCACGGCUGCUGCACCUCAACGGUGCCAAGCUUAAGGCGCUGGGCGUGGGCAGCUCGCAGGACCGCGCGGUGCUGAAGCGGAAGCUGAAGGAGCUGAGCCUGGCCAUGGAGAAGGAGCGCAAGGCCCAGGAGAAGGCGGAGAAGCAGCGGGAGAAGCAGAAGAAGAGGGACCAGGAGCAGCGGCGGAGCUAAGGGGGGGCCAGGAGCACCCCUGCACCCCCUCCCCUCCCACAGCCCCUGGGACACCCGGGGGGCACCCGGCUCCAGCACGGGACACGCCGCCGCGGCCAAGGGACGGCGGUGCCAGGCUGAGACGGGCACGGAGCAGCAUGUGCCCCCCCUCCUCCAGCCACCCCCUCCCCGCCUGCACCCCUGUACCCCACAGGCACAGUCCGGGCCCCCCCGUGGGCCCCUUUUCCGGAUGCAAAUGGCACAUUGGACCCCCCCCACCCCAUCCCAUCACUCCCAUCCCCCCCACCCCAAGGGUCUGGGGGGGUCACAGCCGCCCCUCACCCCGACCUCCCGGCACAGCGUGGCACCGGCCGAGG